AUGGAUGGGUCCGCGGUCGUGCCCGACGAGCAGCUCGACCCUCCAGCCCGGAUAAUCGAACGGCUUCGACAGAUAGCUGGAUAUACAUGGGACGAGUCUCAGGGGCCCUUCCAUUCGAGCUAUGAUAACUGGCAUUUCUUCGGCACCAGAUUUGUGUCGCCGUACUCGACCAAUGCGACCACUCCCACCCAGACCCUCGCCAGCCCUCCAGUUACUUCCAAGCUCGGUCUGAGCCGCACAUCGACUGCCGAGCUUCUCGCGCCUCACAGCGAAGGGAGUGGCGAGCGAUCCGCCAUCUCCCCAACCGCCACAUCGACCUCCGCCGCCGACCUGUCCAGUAUAGAAGAGCAGCAUAUAGUCGCGCGGGUAUCGUACCACAUCCUUCGUGAGGAGCGGGCAUUCCACAUAGCCAAGAACCUAAUCGCUACUGCCGACCCCGAAGGAGCCCAUAAUGUAAGGCCCAUCGACCUGAUCCGCCUGAGCCCACAGCCAGGGGAUCGUGCCCCUAUUAUAGUCGCCUUAUACGAGCACCCCGGCCCCAACUAUUUGAUCAGAGCCUUGGACAUGGGGCCAGCCUUCUACUUCGCCCGGAAAGUCGAGGAUAGGUUCGAAGGGUAUCGUCGCGACGAGUUCCGGCUGGACCCCCCAAUCAGUCUCAUGUACUUCCUCGACUUUGCCAUAGGUGCUACCCAGUGUUUAGAAAUCCUGCAUCAUCGUCAUGGCAUGGUCCAUGGAGAAAUCAGAGCCGACGCGUUCCACUUCAACAUAAAAGAAAAUCAGGUGAAACUGGUUUCGUUUGGUUCUGGCCUGCGGUCGUUCGAGCAGGGACUCACCAGCAGCGGGUGGUCGACACUCUCCAAGGAGCUCGGGGCCAAGAACAAGCUCGUCUACAUUAGUCCUGAACAGACAGGUCGCAUGCCAGUGGAGCCUGACACGAGAACUGAUAUAUACUCCUUGGGUGUCGUUUUCUGGAUGCUUCUCACCCAGCAGCCUGUGUUCACUGGAGCUACACCUCUGGACAUUGUCCAGUGCGUGCUAGGACGCCGCAUACCAAUGGUGUCCAACGUGAGGACUGACGUGCCUGAUGUUCUCGGCCGCAUCAUUCAAAAGUGUACGUCCAAAAACACAUCGGAUCGCUACCAUUCCGCGAGCGGUCUGCGUUACGACUUGCAAAUGGUUCAGAAGUUCCUAGUAGACGGCAACUGGCUAGCUCUCAAGGAGUGGCAGAUUGCGUCAAAAGACGUUUCGUCCUUUUUCAUGUUACCAACGGCCAUGGUGGGGCGAGACAAAGAACAGGCCGAGCUUAUGAAGGUCAUCGAGCGCGUGUCUACGACCCACGCUAUGAGCAGUCUUCAGACCACGAAUCGCUACUCGGAGGCCUCGGGAUUGUCUAACGACCUCCUCGAUGCGGCGGAUGUCUCCAGCGAAGGCGCAAGCUCUGCCGAAGGAGGAAACAGACGGAGUGGCACCUUUACACCCGGCCACUUUCCGGAUCCGAGGUAUCCUAGAAGCGCCCUCCAACCGACUACCAAUUGGCCAGAUACUCUAACCAUCCCAGGUGAAACGGCAUCUUCAAGUCCCUCGGGCCAGACCAACCAACGACUGGCCCAGCCAAGGGAGCGUCAGUCUAUUUCUUUCGAACCCAGGAGUCUUGUAGAUAACCUCAGCGAACGCCCGGUCUCACGUUACAGCGCUGCGGAAACUAAUACCAGCAGCCUUUCCAGGCAACUAGGCGCGGCAAAAUUCCGAAGAAGGGGUCAUUGUGAGGUGGUCACCAUUGAGGGCGCAGGAGGCCUUGGGAAGAGUUUCCUCGUUCAGCAAGUGCUAGCUGACGCGAGAAGGAGGGGAUAUUGUGCAACUUCGAAAUUUGACACCGUUCGGAGGACGGCUUUCGGACCGCUGUUGAAACUGGUGUCUUCUCUUUUUAAGCAAGUCUGGGGUGAGAGAAACACGGAAACUGCACUCCACCUAGCACUCAAGGACUAUGUUCGUCCCCUGUGGCCGACGCUACAUAAGCUGCUUGGACUCCCCGAGUUUCUUCUUGGCCCGCAAGAGACCACAGUCAGCAGAUCUCCGUCCUCGGGGCAGACCUCAUUGGGUGGCCGACUCAACCGAGCUUCGCUCAAGAGACGUGGCUCGUCUCCUGGAAGCUAUUCCGGAAAUCCACAAACUCGAAGCCCCCGUAUAACAUCACAGAGCCCACAAGAAUUCGUGCGUAGUGGCACCUCUACGAAAUCAAUCCGGCUGAUGAACACCUUCUUGGAUAUACUGAGAAUCUUCACAACCCACCAUUUCAUAUGUUUCUGUCUCGGCGACUUACAGUUUGCGGAUGACGAAUCAUUAGAGUUGAUUACUCAACUCAUUGCGGCAAGGCUCAGAAUGGUACUGAUAUUGACAUACCGCCCCGAGGAGUUGUCCCAGGAGAAGUUGCAGAGAAUCUUACAUCCUGCAGAGAAUGAGGAGCGUCCCAGGUCCAGCCACCCCAAGGUCACAAGGUUAGUAUUGUCGCCACUGACCGAAACUGAAAUCCUGCAAUAUGUUUCUUCCACGCUCCGUCGACCACCGGAGGACGUGGUUUCUUUGGCGCUUGUGAUCCAGUCGAAGACCGCUGGUAAUCCUUUCUAUAUAAGGGAAAUGUUGGGCGCGUGUUAUCGGAAGAAAUGCAUUUGGUACGACUACCGGGACAGCCGCUGGCUUUUUGACCUGGAUUGGCUUUUUGAACAAUUCAAGGCAGAGCACGGGUACGACGUAUUGAACAACGAUUUCAUUACUCGUAGGCUUAGUGAGCUGCCGCCGGCGUCGCGGUCGAUUCUGGCAUGGGCCUCUCUUCUGGGGAGUUCAUUUUCCUUCGAACUCAUCUGCCAACUCCUAAGCGGGGAAAUCAGUGACACCGAGGACUGGUAUGGGUCGGAAGAUAUCCAGCAGCCUACGCCGUACUCGAAGCGGGACGCUGUUGCCGGAUUGCAAGCGGCGGUCAACGCGUGUAUUAUCGUUCAAGGCGAGUCGGACGAUCGUUUUCGAUUUGCCCACGCCAGAUACAUUCAAGCAGCUGCGUCUUUGGAGGAGUGCAAUACCCAUGAGAUGCACUUUGCCAUUGCUCGAACCCUCUUGAAGCAGCGUGACUCGGAAGUGAAAUUGAAAGACAACACCGCUUCGCAUAUCUGCGAGUCCAUUGACAUGAUAAAAGCACGUGUUCAUAUUCGUCGCCCAUUCCGAAAGCACUUGAUAGAAUGCGCAGCGGCAGCCAUCGAGAAUGGUGCCAGACCAACGGCCACCAAAUACUAUCACAGUGCAAUGACGCUCUUGCAGCCGGAGCCGUGGAAAGAAGGGGCAGAAGAUGUCUCCUACGACGAGACAUUCCAGCUGCAUCUGGGUGCGGCAGAGUGCUUCAUCUAUAUGGGGAACCAUGCGGCUUCUCACAGCUUGAUCAACACUAUCGUCAACAGCGCCAGGACUGCUGAGGACAAAGCCGCCGCCUGUCUACUUCAGUCCCGCAUCCAGGCUCAGACUGGAAAUGCGCAGUCUGCUCUCAGUAUCUUGAAAGACAUUUUGACCCAGCUGAAGAUUGAGAUUGAUACGGAACCAACAUUCGACAAAUGCGAUAAACUGUUCAUGGAACUAGCCACCAAGAUCAAGUCAAUGGAUCGAACUGCAUUACUAAGUCCUCCUGGCACCAACGACCCUCGGCAGGUCAUCAUCGGAGCCACUCUCACCGACGCCAUCAGUGCUGCGUGGUGGAGUGACACAUUGGACUUCUACAAUCUCACCCUCACAUUGGCCCAUUUUCACAUACAACAAGGUCCCUUUUCCCGAUCCAGCGUGGCAUUCCUGUAUCUUGCAAUGAUCGCGCUGUCACGAUUCAGCAUGAUUGACUUUGCCGCAGAGCUUGGUAGCCAAUGUGCGCAACUUCUAGAUAAUGAUCGAGACCCAUUCUCUGCAGCUCAUGGAUACAUGAUCUACGUCAACUUCAUCAGCCAUGUCCAGGUGCCCAUCACUACCGCAGUCUGUCUUGCUGAGCAGUCUGUCGAGUACGCCGCGAGUUCGGGGGACCGUAUGUCGGUUAUCCUCAGUUUAGGUCUCUCGACCCUGAUGAGGUUCUUUGCAAGCGAGAACGUCGCGGAUUUGGAGUCUAUCAGCCAAUUCUGUUGCGAGGAACUUCCUGGUUGGCAUCAGGAUACCAGGGGAGGGACGAUCUUGAUCUCUGUCAGACAACUAUGCCGAUCACUCCAAGGCAAGACUUACUCAACGAAUGAGAAGGCAGUGAUGUCUGACGAACAGCACGAUUCGGCCUCCUACAAGUCUUGGCUCGUUUCAACCACAUGUAAUGGUGGCAGGUCUGUCCUGAUCUACGAAACCAUGGAGAUUAUCCCCUUGUAUCUCUAUGGUCAUUACGAGCAAGCCUGCGAACUCGGACGGAGAUGUCUGGACCAGUUGCAUUUGAUAUGGUCGGCUCGCAACACUCGCGUCGUCCUAGUCUUCUACGGUCUUGCUCUUGCAGGCCAAGUGUUGCGAAAGCUACACAACCCUACAAUGAACAAUGCAGACUUGGAAGAUGAAGUCCAAGAUACGAUCAAGCAACUCGAAGACUUCAACAAGAAGAUCAUGGACUGGCAAGUGGUAUCCGACGUGAACCACCUUGCGUGGUCCAAGUGGCUGGAGGCUCAGGUUGCGGAGCUUCGAGGUGACCAUGGCUUCGCUAUUCGGCAAUACGAGGCAGCCCUGGACCAUGCCUCGGAGUAUAACUUCAUCUUUGAGGAAGCUCUUGGGAACCUCCUGAUGGCUGGGCUUUUCAUCGGGCGGUCCGCCAGGAGGUCGGCAACGGCUUUCCUGAAAGAAUCUGUCGCCCUCUGGAGACAGCUCGGCGCCGUCGGCAUCGCACAACGAAUCGAAGAAGACCAUGCCUUACUCCUACACGGUCCUACGCGCAAUUCGAGAACGGCCGAGGCUGCCGUGCAGACCGACUUUGCCGGAGACUCAGCGCCUGUCAGAUACACACCCGAUGGCGAAGGCGUUCCCCACCUAGUGCAACAAGUAGUAGUGGAAACGAAGGCAACACGGAUGGCUGCUUGGCGCGGUUCCACACAGCCUGAGCCCGGCGUUGGCUUGCCCACGCUCGAUAUGAUCGAUCUGCACGCCAUUCUGGUCUCGUCACAGGUCAUCUCAUCCGUCCUACAGGUCGACAUCUUGCUCAGGACAAUGUGUGACGUUAUCCUACAGACCUGCGGUGGAUCUGCGACGCAAGCAGCAAUCGUGGUCCAGGAUGAGGAUGAUGAGGAUAACAACUGGUGCAUUGCGGCUAGUGGCGAUCCUGAACGCGGUGCCGCAGCUCACAUACCCGGGCAACCCUUAGUUGGCACAUCGCUCGUGGCGGAGAAUGUCAUUCUAUACUGUACACGUUUCCGAGAAGCUGUCUUCAUUCCCGAUCUUAUCAAUGACGAGAGGUUUGGGAACGUGAGCGAUUCCUGGCUAAAAAGGAACCCUCUGAGCAAGGCUGUUAUUGCAAUCCCCAUUUGCCAUGGCUCGAAGCCUCUCCUUGGGGUUCUUUACCUUGAGGGUGAGCCAGGAUCGUUCACGGAUAGAAAUCUUACGGUCCUACAAUUAUUGGUCAAUCAAAUCGGGAUCAGCUACUCGAACGCACUGGCAAUGAAGGGGAUCGAGAAGGUCUCAGCUGAGAACAACUCGAUGGUUGAAAUCCAGAAACGGGCUCUUGCGCAGGCUCUUGACGCCGAGACCAAGGCAAAACAUGCCGAAGCUGAGGCAAACCGCAAUGUCAAGAUUGCUGAGGAAGCAGCCAAGGCCAAGAGUAUCUUCCUCGCAAACGUGUCCCAUGAAUUGCGGACUCCGUUGAACGGUGUCAUCGGUAACUCUGAGCUCUUGCGGGACAGCGAUCUCAACAAGGAACAGCUAGAAAUGGCAGACUCCAUCAAGGUCUCGGCCGAUCUUCUACUCACCGUUAUCAACGACAUCCUAGAUUUCUCCAAGAUGGAGGCAGACAAGAUGAAGUUAUACAUCAUCGCCUUCAACCCCGAGGAGAUGAUUCGUGAAGUCGUUAGAGCCGUGUCCUAUAGCAACCGGGAGAAGACGUCGAAGAAGAAUGUACAGAUCAUAAAAGAUAUCAAGCUGCCGCCCAUGCUGAUAUACGGAGAUCCAAUUCGCCUCCAUCAAGUCCUUGGCAACCUCAUCAGUAACAGUCUCAAGUUCACAGAAGACGGUUCGAUCACUAUCGGGGCCCGGAUCGACUCUGACACGCCCGAGCAGGCAAAGUUGACCUUCUGGGUCAAGGACACCGGCAUCGGUAUCCCGCCCAUGCAGUUAGCCAAGCUCUUCACGCCAUUCAGCCAGGCAGACGCUAGCACUGCUCGCAAGUACGGCGGUAGUGGCCUUGGCCUCAGCAUAUGCAAGAACCUCGUUGAGGUCAUGAUGAAAGGUCAGAUCCAGCUGGACAGCCAGGCGAACGCCGGGACCACUGCUUGGUUCACUGUCACCUUUGACAAGGCCAAGCCCGAGGUGUCGGCGGGGGACGUGCAAGCAGUUCCAGUCGCACAGAUCCUCGACAAACCGCGUGAUGCUUUACCACCAGCUGCGAAGGAAGCCCCUUCGAAGCCCUUCCUGGACUUGACACUGAUACCAAAGGAUCAGAUUCGCAUAUGCAUUGCGGAAGACAACCUUAUUAACCAGAAGAUCGCAAUUCAGUUUGUGCGUAAACUUGGGUAUAGGCAAGUCGAUGCUUACGACAACGGACUGAAGGCUGUUGAGGGGCUGCGUCAACAGGCCAACGAGGGGAAGCCGUACCAAGUCAUUCUCAUGGAUGUUCAGAUGCCUGUAUUGGAUGGCUACGAGGCUACGAAGCUCUUGCGGAGAGAUCCGAUCGAAGAGGUCAAUAAGAUCCUGGUCAUUGCUAUGACAGCAUCAGCAAUCCAGGGUGACCGGGAGAAGUGUCUGGCCGCAGGUAUGAACGACUACCUGGCAAAGCCGGUCAAAGCAGAUUUGCUCAAGAGAAAGCUCGACGCGUACACUACCGGCCAAGUAUUCCCGCCGACACCCCCUGCCAAACACAUGUCGGACCCUACUCUUCAGCUACCAGCGCGCCUCGAUCCGUCGCAGUAUCACACUACACCCGCGCCUAGCCCACCAGCAAUCAGUGAAGACGAGCCAGCGACCAGUUCGCCACCUCUCGUCGUUCCAGUGAGGAUGGCUGCAGGAAACAGCCAUUUCGCGCCGCCGCUGGCUCCCAGCCAGACAUCCAAGUCAACCAGGAGCCGCAACAACAGCGAGAUCGGGCUACCGUCGUUUGUUGGGGAGAAGACCAAGUCCUUCUUCACAAGGAAACAUCCGCGGUCGAGCACCUCAUCACUCGUUGACGGGGACGAUGCAAAGCGUGACGCCGUAUCACCAAGCACCACGACGCCGCCCGAAGAUGGGCAUACGCAAGGGACCGGUUCGAACAGCAGCCAGUCAAGCAAAAAUCUGACUUGA